AAACAGGGACGGAUUGAUGUUUGACCAUGACACCAGUUUCAAGAUUUUUGUGCAACUUUAAUUUCAUUUUUUAAUAACUAUACAUUCUUUUUUAUAUAUAUACUUAUACAAAAGAAUAUUAUUAAAGUCAUCUUUCUCAGUGUGGGCAGCAAAAAAACUGACGUUGUUGGAUGUCGGCAAGAAAGUGGCUCUUUACAGAUCCUGCCAAAAAUAUACCCAAAUAUUAGACCCAGGUGGACGCAGUUUAUUUUUCCCCCCUGAGAAUAGCAGACAUAAAUGAGGUGUGUGAACAUCUCGGCACAUCUCAGCUCGGAUCACUUUCUCAGCAGCUUCCAGGAAUUGAAAAGUGAUCAUUAAAGGAUGGAUUCAUUCCAACUUUACUGAAGCUGACUACAAAUCCACACCAUUGGGGUGCUGUUGCCAUGGAGAUCACCUGUAACGAGAUGGCGCAUGCAGUCAGUGCUGAACAAGUGCGAGAUGAAAACACAGUUAAAGAUCGGAUUGAAUGCCCCUGGCAUGUACCAAAGCUGGAGGCCUCUAGAGUGGAGGAGGUUUUAUCGAGAGGAUUCAGUGAUGCUGUGUGUGGUUUGUGUGGCGGACACUUUACUUUUUUGGACCAUCUGACUGAGCAGUUUAUUAAGCACACGGAUGAGGUUUUUUGUCGCUUGUGCCCGAUGAAAUUCUCCCACAUAAACUCGCUGGCCUUGCACUUGAAAAAUGCUCAUGCCAAAUACCAUAUAUUCUGUAAAAGCUGCAACAUGGGGCAACAUUUACCAAAGCAGCGGACUGUGGAAGCCGACAAGACUCUAGUGACCCCAAAAAUGACACUACUUGAUGAGGAGGUGGAGGAGGUCAAAAUUGAGAAUGAGGAGGUUGAAAUAGCCUAUGUGAAGGAGGAAGAGGAGGAGAUUGUUGUUGGAAAGAUGGAGGAAAUGGAAGAAACCAUUGCAGAGACUCCAGAGGAUAAUAAGAUGGUCAACAGAAGCUUGCAGGAUCAUAAUUAUUUCUCCACACAAGCAUGCAGUUCUAUCAGAGAAAAUAAAAAAAAUGUUGUUCUGUAUACCAGCAAUGAUAAUGUGCUUGUUUAUAUUAAUAAAUCAGACCCUGAAAUAUCCCCUAAAGACACAUAUACUGAAAGUGACCAGCAGGGGACCCCAGAGGAUGAUCAGACUACAUGCAAAGCCAUAUAUGAUCAUACUUACUUUUCCUUUAAAAGCCUUGCAGAUAAAUCCACUGUUCCUAAAGCGUGCAGUUCCCUUUGCAAAACUACAAACAAUGUAAUAAACUCCAGUGCUGAAAACACACAUGUGUUUGAUAAUAAAGCAGGCACUAAACAGGACACAGAAAGUACUGAAAGUGACCAGGAGCAAGAACAGAAGAAUGAGUCCAGUGAUCACACUUACUUCUCCAGACAAAGCCUUACCAAUCACACUGUUCUCUCUAAACAGGUCCCAAGCGAAGAAAAUAUCCUGAGCAACCAGAAUCAUGGAAAUAAUGUCACUAUGACUGAUCAAGAAACCACCCAGUGCUCUAGCAUAGCUAUGUUGGAAUCGUCACAGCCGGAGUACAAAAUGAAGGUGGAGGAAAACCUUUGUGAAAUUGAACCUGUUCAGGAGGAUGCAGGAACAGGAGAAUGCAUUCAGAGACAUGACCAUGAGGACAGUGACAAUUUAAUCAUAGAUGACUUGGUUUAUACAUCUCAGGAUGAUUGGUGCUCAGAUACAGUAUCUUGCACAUCCACAGGCACUGAUGAUGACAAGGACUGUAAAAGCAAAAGUUGGAGUGCUUGUCAGGAACAAAAUGAUAAAAACACUGACCAGAAUCCACACAGGUCUGUAAGCUCUAAGAAUUCAAAUCCUGCAGCCAGUUUAUAUAAAGACCUACAGACUUGUGCAUGCUGUGGCUUUAGCAAAGUUCCCAACAAUGUAGAUUCUAUGGCACGGUGCACAUGCACACAAGCUUUUAUAUGUUCUCUGUGUGGAAUUCUGUUCGGCACUGAACAGAUGCUACUGACUCAUCAAGCAGAGAAGCAUCCUUUAGCCAAAUAUGUGUGUGUGAAUUGCCUGCAACUAUUUCCUAACCAGAAAACUUUCAUACAACAUGUUUGUAGCAAAUCCAAGGGGUUCAGUGGAAAAUCAUUAACCCCAUCCAAUAUCUCAGACAGAUCGAAAGAGCUACUGCUCAAGAUUGUGAACGUUGUGCCCUCACCUGUUAAUGCGGAGUCUUCAGAGCAACCCCUCAGCUGUCAUAGAGUCAACACUAUUAAUAAACAUCAGAAUCACGGAACUGUUUUGAAUUCCACAGCACAUUCAUUGCCCAGCAGUCCAUCCACCUCUGCCACACAAAAGGCCCCAGUUCAAGUCAUAGCCACCGGGUCAACAAGUUGUUCCCAGAAAAACAAGGUGACAUGUUGCAUCUCAAAUGGAGACCAAGGACAAGUGAUGAUUCCCAUUUCUACAGGCACUGAUAAACAAAUUGGACAGGUGCAGGUUUUAAGUCUGGUACAGGCCAAAGAGGUGACUCAAACGUUUUCUAAUACUACUGCUACUACUACCCAAAUUCUUCUUUCACUCCAGAGCCAGGGACAGCUGACACCCAUUUCUACAGUUGCUCAGACAAAAAGUGGACAGAUUCAGGAUUUAACUCCAUUGCAGACUAAAUUGGUGCCUCACACUCCGGCAAGGAAUUCUGAUUUGACGACAAUUGUCCUGCCUCAGCAGCAACCAACAUCUGGAGUCCAUUUACCUCAUCCUUUUCUCCAUCAAGUCUCUAGCUCAGUGUCUAUCCCAUCUCAAACAGACCAACUCCUUAAAUCCAGUGUUCCCUUCCUGGAUAUUGGUAGUUAUUCUCCAUCUAUCCAGAUCCUUCCUUCAUCCACAGGGCCUUUAAAAAUAGUGGCCAUGUAUGUGAACCAGAGCAAGGAGCUGGCCUUGCAGAAGCGCAUGCGCCAGAGUUGGCGUUCCAAGGCUGUGUUCCCGUGCCGCCAGUGUGGUGCUGUGUCACGCCAGUUCUCACUGGGUGUACGCCACCGCUACCAGCACUGUGGGCCACGGCUUCACAGAUGCCAGUGUGGCAGAACCUUCCAUCAGCGCAUGCACCUGCUGCGGCAUCAGGUUCAGCAUGCCGAGGCCACGCGCUAUGUCUGCGCUGCCUGUGGCCAGAUGUUCUGUGGUACGAGGCAGCUGGCUUGCCAUAGACCCCUAUUCAGGAUCGCACAAUCAAAUCGGAAAAAACGAGCAAGUAAAGAGUGCAGGAACAUGUUUCAGUGCUACUGCGGCCAUUCCUUUACAAGACCUGCUGCCUUAUUAUGGCAUUUGUUAAAAAACUCCAAAGCCCGCAAACCACGCUUAAAAGGCUUACAGUAUAUUACUGUUAAAAUUGACUAAGUUUCAAAGUGAAAUGGAUUGCUGUCAGUGAAAGAUUACUAGAGGGGUUAUUUUUUUCUGCUGUAAAAUACUACUACAUGGACAACUGGGCAUCAAUAUAUCUGUGGUGUUGAACUGGAUAAUCAUAUGAGUUAGUGUGGUGAAUCUGGUUAAUAUACACUCAUUACUACAGACCGUUUUUAUAUAAAACCAUCUGUAUUUUCCCCAGAGAGAACGUUUUUUCAGAGGUGUCCAUUACCCCAGUAUGUAGUCCGUCAUUGCUAAAUGACCACUCGACUACACUUUCAGGAAAACAUCUUGAAUCCUUAUUCAAGAUAUUUGGGCUUGUGCCUCUAAAGGAACCAUUAAAGGUUGUAUGUAGAAUCCUGCAACAGAGUUCUCCAGUACAUCUUUAGAAAGACAAUAAGCAGUAACUAAUCAACCUGAGUGUGUUUCUAGCGCACUAGCGAAUCUAGAAGCUUAUUUUUAUUUGCCCACCAGAGGGUGCUACUUCCAAGAAAAGAUCAGAGAGUCAUCUUCUCCUGUGGAGAACACUACCUCAGUUUUAAUAAACUUGAAAACAGGUUUUAGUAAUAAAGAGUUUUUUCCGUUACAGCAGCGUCCUUGAGACUGCGUGAAGUCAUUUCAUGGUGGGACUGCAGUUUUUCCCCUCAGUUGCUUAAAGAGGAAUUGAGAAAUGUUUACUACACUUUUAAAACACCCUACACUAUAUUAAUUCUUAUUAAACAACUGUUAGUUUCAGUCUACUAAUCUGACUGGACAAGUGGAGUACUGAGAGUGCCGUUAUUCAUUAUAACAGCACUUACUGAUGUAUCGCUGUUCAUUUGCGUUUGCGACGUUGAAACUAUUACUGCACUUUCUUUGUGUUUCAUGACAUGUAACACUCUACCCAACUCUGGCUUUUUGGGGAAUUAUUUUCUUUGACAGCUAAAAUGUACAAAAUAAAGGUUUUUUUUUUUCAUUUUUCAUUUUUUGCUAGCUAAAUCAUUUACUGUACUUGGAUAUAUGAUAAAGUAUCCUUGUUCAUGUGAUCAGUAACAUCAGCAUAUCAGUAACAGCUCAGAUCAGGUACACGCUUUGUGUAAAAAAUAAAGUAAAACAGAAUGACAUUGUUAUAUUAUGAUGUGAUGUGUAAACCGAUGCAUCUUGAAUAGGAAUGACCAUUUGUUGUUUUUGUUUGGUUGUGCGUUUGAUGGGGUAUGAUGUCUGUUUAAGCAACUGAAGAAAAAUUAAAAAUACUUUACAUUAAAGCUCCAUUAACUAACACUAUUCAUGGCACUUGUUUCCCUUUACCAAACUUCACCUUCAGUGAAAACAACAAAGUAACACCUAUAUUGACUUUUGCUUAAACGUUAACAAGAUACACUCACAAAUGUUUAUUCAGUCAAGGAUUAAAUCCAUAAAAAGGCCAUAUAAAAUGGUGCUAGAUAAUUAUAUAAUUAUAAAUAUGGAUCUCUGAUCUGAACUUCGGCAUAAAAAAAAACCUAAUCAUUGUGGGCUUACUUAUAGUAUUAUUAUGGUAUGAACCUUUUAAAGCUGGUGUUAUUUAUUUGGCUUAUUAAAUACAAUUAAAUCGAACAUGACUUACUUUGCUAGUGCUACUUGGUAUAAUGGUAUAUUAAUGCUGAAGCAACCAAUGUGUUAAAUAAUGCUACAAAGGAAGUAAUCCUUAAUGUAAAUUGUUGCUAAAAAGUGCUCUACAGUCACUUCAUUAGCUCUGGUGUUAAUUUAAUUGGUUGUAUGUAAAUGCAGAUGGAGUACAGGACAAUGAGAACUUCAAUAGAGCUUACUUUCUCUGAACUGUUGUGAUGUGCUGAACUGAUCCAGCGAACAAACGUGUAGGAAGAGUCGGUAUUAAUGACUGGAAAAAUCGCACACAGCCACGUUAAAACUAUUUCUACAGGUACGCAAAAGCU